GCAUAUGCGUGUCUAUAUUAUAUAUCUCCAUGGGUUUGACAUCUAAUUUCGCCGACGGAGAUAUCUGAAAGUCUUCCUCAACUGGGUUUUCAUUUGCCUGCCAAAGCUUCUUUCGAUCCCGGCAAAUCUUCCGGCUUAUAAUCAGGGGGUCCAUUCCAUGCAAUGCAAAGAUGUGGAUGAUAUGAGUUUGGACUAGCUUUUAUUCUGAAACAUUAGCUAAUAAAGGAAGGCUAACUUUUACUGUACAAUUUGCACACCCGCUCAACACAGCUAUGGCUGAUGAGGAGAAAACUCUAGUAGAAAUCUUAGAGGAGCACAACCCAAUUGACCUUGCUAAAUAUAUCAAUUAUGUCAGUGCCCCACAGGCUGGUGCUAUAGCAACAUUUGCUGGCACAACCCGCGAUACAUUCGAUGGAAAGGUGGUCAUGGAGCUGCGGUAUGAAGCAUAUGUACCAAUGGCAAUAAGAUGCAUCAAAUCAAUAUCUUCAUCUGCGAGAUCAUCUUGGAAUCUCCACUCCAUAGCGGUAGCCCACCGGUUGGGUCCAGUUCCAGUUGGUGAAACAAGUGUCUUCAUUGCAGUCUCGGCUGUGCAUCGAGUGGAUGCAUUGGAUGCCUGCAAGUAUCUUAUUGAUGAGUUGAAGGCAUCGGUGCCCAUUUGGAAGAAGGAGGUGUAUGCAAAUGGAGAGGUUUGGAAAGAGAACUCAGAGUUUUUGGAGAGGAGAUUGGAUCUUGGGAAGGAUGGGAGCUUCUGUGGGGAAAAGGUUAAGGCUAACCAUGUGCAUGAUAGGAAGAGCUGUUGUGGAGCUAAGGUUAAGGUGAACAAUGAAGGAGAUGAUGCGCAUGACAGGAAGAGCUGUUGUGGAACCAAGGUUAAGGUGAACAAUGAAGGAAAUGAUGCGCAUGAUAGGAAGAGCUGUUGUGGAGCAAAGGUUAAGGUGAACAAUGAAGGAGAUGCUCGUAUUAGUGAUCAAUGAAAUUGAGUUGGAAGAAGAUUUCCUAGUGUUUCUUUCCAAGUUUAUCUUCUUUUUUAUUUUAUUUUCUGUGUAGGAAUUGUACUCUGUAAUUGCAGCAAUACUAAUAAUGAAUGAAUGAAUGAAUAAAAUAAAUAAAUAAAUAAAGCACUUAAAAUUCACUUAAUAAAAACAAAUUCUUUUUUUU